AGAAUAAUAAUUUUAUUUGAGUAAUUUAUAAAUAGAAUUAUUUUAAUUAAAUUAAUUAAUAUAACAUAACAUGGUUUAGGAAGAAAAGCUGCAUGUUCAAAUAUACUUGGAAGACUGAACAUUAGAGUGUCGGGUGAAGAAAAACAAUGGCCGUCACUUCCUUAACCAAAGCCACUACUUUCAAGUGUCGUCUCUCGUCAAUCCAAUUCUUUUCCACAGUUCCUCCCAAAGUUCCCCAAUACAGGUACCAGAUUUCUCUUGCCAAUCUCCUCCAAAGGUGCGGUUUCCCACCUUCUCAACUCCACGCUUUCCUUGCAAGAAACCAUUCGUUACUCAAUCAUUCCGAUUUGCAUGACAUUCAAAACUCUCUAAACAUUCUUUUAUCUUUCAAAAUUCCCCAGAAUUCCCUUAUUUCUUUACUCUCUGACUGUCCAGCAGUUUUGGACUCUAACUUUUUGAAGAAAUGGCAAAUUGGGAUUUCCAAAUUUGGAAACUUGGGUAUUUCCCCGUUGGUUAUUAGCAAUGUUUUGGCACUUUCAAGGCGAUUUCAGAUUGACCCGGAUGGGUUUUUGAAGAGUAUUGGUGCUUUGAAGGGUUUGGGUUUUAAUGGUGGGGUUUUGACUAGGGUUUUAGAAGGGUUUCCUAGGGUAAUCAUGAUGAAGGAAAAUGAAAUUUGUAGAAAGAUUGAAUUUUUCGAAGGAAUUGGGAUUCCAAGAUAUGGGAUUGAAAGGAUUUUUUAUUUGUUUCCUGAGGUUUUAGGAUUUGAUAUUGGAAAUAGGUUGAAGCCAUUGCUUGAGGAGUUUGUGGAAUUGGGUUUUAGUGACAAUGAGGCUAGGAAGGAGAUUGUAAGGGAUCCAAGAGUUUUGGGCAUGGCAUUAGGGGAAAUGUCAAGGUGUUUGGGAUUGUUGAGGACUCUGAAAUGUCGCGUUCCCGUUAAGGACAGGAUUUUAAGUGAAGGAGAAUUUAGAGCUGGAUUGGAAGUAAAGCUUAGAGUUGAUUGCUUGUGCAAACAUGGGUUGAUUCGUAGAGAAGCAUUUAAGAUCCUAUGGAAAGAGCCAAGAUUGAUUUUAUAUGAGAUUGAGGAGAUUGAGAUGAAGAUUGACUUCUUGGUGAACAGAAUGAAGUAUGGUGUCGGUUGCUUGGUUGAGGUUCCAGAGUAUCUGGGUGUGAAUUUUGACAAACAGAUUGUUCCUCGAUACAAUGUCAUAGAGUUUUUGAAAUCAAAUGGUGCACUGGGUUUUGAGAUAGGGUUGAAGAGUUUGAUAAGGCCAAGUAGGCUUAGAUUCUAUAAUUUGUAUGUCAAGCCAUAUCCAGAAUGUGAAAAGAUGUUUGGGAGGUUUGAGGGAGAUGCUGGCCAUCAAAGGCGGCAUCCAGUUGGGAUGUGGAAGCUUUUUAAACCACAAAAGUAUACAGAAUCAAAAGAAGAUGUGAAAAAUAUGAAGUCUUUUAUGGAACCACUAGUUUAGUUGACAAAGCCACUGACAGAUGAUUGGUUAAUAAUCCGAGCUGAAAGCAGAACUAAAUGAAGCAACAAGAAAGCAGAACUAAAUGCAGAUUGUUCUUUGUAUGGUGUCAGCUGGGUUAAGCCUGGCUUAUUCAGAACCAGAAGUGAGUUACUAGACUCUAGCAAGUUUUCAUAUGUCUUUCUCUUUUAAUUGAAUGCCACUUAAAAUGUGUUUUAAAGUGAUUCAGGCGGUUACAUAUUUUAGUCUCAAACCAGACUACCGCAAGAGUGAGUAAAUGGAGGAAGGAAUGUAAAAUGUCUAUGGCCUCAGAUAGAACAUUGGACAAGGUCAGUCGCCUGGCAAAAGCACCAAAAGUAGCUGUUUCACUGAUCCUUGAUAUGGAAAGUUGGAUUGUUGAAUCAGAUAUUUAUACCGCAUAUAUGCAGUCACUGCUCAAGUUCACACAAAUUUGUGCAACAUUUCUCUUAAAACUAAGACUUUGUUAUGCCUAGCACCACCAGUUGCAAGAUGAUAUGAAUAAUGAUUCUUUACGUGUAAGAUUUGGCCAUAUUGAAUUGCUUACACUGUCUGGUCGAAUACAAUUUGUCUGAAACUAGUUGAAUGCCCUUUUGACCUUGGCCUGGAGUGGGAAUUGUCUGCCUCAAGCCAAUGCUUCAGUUUGGAUCGAAAGGAUACCAAACAAUGCCGGGCACCAAAGUAAAUUUUGAUGCAAAGAUUCCAUGAACACCAGAGAGGUUUUCCUUUCCUCCGUGUUGGGCCAAUGGAGGAAGAGCAGACUCAGUAUUUGGUUGUGAACAGCUCAGGAACUUUAAAUGAACUUCAUCUGAUUGAGAGUACAGCUUGUACCAUUUUCCAUUUCUUCCUCCGGAUUAGAUAUGCUUGUUUACUGGGAUUGAAAAAGGUCAUACAAUCUUAAAAUUUCCAUAUGUGACAAAUGGACAACUCGAAAGAAUCUGAAUUGUUUCAGCCUUACCUUGUGAUUGCAACACAAUCACUUAUGCAUGAAAAAAGUUCUCAAAAAGAAAAAGUGAGAUUGACAGUGAUUUGUGCUCGUCUGUUUCUUAUUUGUUUAUUUAUUUUUGGCAAUUGUUCAUUCCCUAUGGGGCA